CAUACUUUCUAUCACAUUUGAUCUGAUAUUUUAGAUUCGGAUCCAUCCAUGGCCACUGAAUGAAAGACUGUUACUUUUUACUUUCAUCCUUUUUGUUUGUUCCAAAUUCCUCGUACCUGAGCAAGUGUUGUUGGCGGCAUGGAGAAGGAGCAGCUUGAUUUUGUUCUGGUGCCGUUGGGUCUGUUGGUGUUCCUGAUGUAUCAUAUCUGGCUUGUCUAUUCCAUCGUACACAACCCUCUUCGAACUGUUAUUGGCCUUAAUGCUGAGUCUCGUCAUCAGUGGGUUCUUGCCAUGAUGAGUGAACCGAUGAAGAAUGGGGUUCUGGCAGUGCAAACUAUUCGCAACAAUAUCAUGGCAUCUACUCUUCUAUCUACAACAGCCAUCACACUCAGUUCACUUAUUGGCAUUUUUGCUAGCAGUACCUGGAAUAAUGACGAGCCUUUAAUACCUUACGGUAAUAGUUCAGUCAAACAUAUUUCUGUCACCAUUUGCUUCCUCAUUGCAUUCUUAUGCAAUGUGCAGUCCAUAAGAUACUACUGCCAUGUCAGUUUCUUGAUCACUGCACCAACACUCAGAGACAAAAGGGAGUAUAUGGAAUAUAUUGCUGUGACUUUGAAUCGUGGGAGUCAUGCUUGGUCUAUUGGACUUCGAGCAUUUUACCUGUCAUUUGCAUUCUUCCUCUGGAUUUAUGGGCCAAUACCUAUGUUUGCAUGCUGCUGCUUGACGUCACUUGUUUUGUUCUUCUUGGAUACAACAGCUAAAAUCACGCGGAAUCUUCAUAGUAACUCAUUCAGGAAAGAUAGGGGAACCCAUGAUGUAGAGUCUGUUGUGGAACCUGAUUAUCAUCCUUUGCCUGCUAACAAUUUGUAUCAAAACUCAGACGUCAAUCAUGUAUGAGAAAUUAUAAAUGUAACAAAUUUGUACUUUCCAAUUGAGAAGUAUGAACAUGUUCCAGGGGUGUUAUUGAAGGAUUCAAUGAGAGUACUAGGUAGUCAUUUUUGUUUACUGGUAUGUUAGUUACAUUUCACUUCAUUGGGAUGAACUUGCUUACAAUCGUCCCAAUCAUUUUUGCUGUACCAUUCAAUCUCUCACUCUUCUACAACAAAUUAUAUCAUGACAAAGUAUCAACAGUUUGAUUAGUCAUCAUUCAUAAAGGGGCUUGCACUGCAUGUUUGGAUAGCUAGACUAAUGGAAUUCUGUCAAGUUGUCGCCACAUCGACCAUAUGACAGCAAAGAUAGAAGCAGCCAUAUAUUCUUGAGUUUCCUCUGUUACCAAAUCGUAUUCUGUAAAAGAUCGAUGGAAGAUCAGAUUGAAAACCAGAGCUAAUAGAAAGAAGACCAAACAAGAAGUAAGACAACAAUUGAAGAAUAGAUGUUGAUGUCUUUUUUUUAGAAGACAAACAACAAGAUCAGUCCAUCUGUUCCUGUGUUGGAAGCUUAUCUAAGAUGACCUACACAGGCAGCUGUUAAUUACUUAAUUGUAAUUUGUAAUAUUAUAUUAUGAUGAUUCAUGCA